GGAAAGAGCAAAACAGAAACUCAUGGAAGCAAGAAAGGUACAUGACUCAAAGAGGGAAAUUCCUGUGCCACAAAAAAGUUACUGGUGUAUAAAAUGCUCUAUAUAUACCAACUUUGAAUUUCCUUUCAUGUUCAGCAUUUCUACUUCUUCCAAGAAGAGUAGCAGACCUGAAGUAGCAGCAGCAGCAAAAAACAAACAUGAGUGUGAAGGGCAUGGCUGUAGCCUUGGCUGUGAUAUUCUGCGCUAUGGUUGUUCAAGGCUUCCCCAUGUUCAACAGAGGACGCUGUCUGUGCAUAGGCUCUGGAGUAAAAGCAGUGAAAGUGGCAGAUAUUGAGAAAGCCUCCAUAAUUUACCCAAGUAACAACUGUGACAAAAUAGAAGUGAUUAUUACCCUGAAAGAAAAUAAAGGACAACGAUGCCUAAAUCCCAAAUCGAAGCAAGGAAAGCUUAUAAUCAAAAAAGUUGAAAGAAAGAAUUUUGUAAAAUAACAAAACAUAUGAAGUCCUGGAAAAGAGGAUUUGAAAACCUAGAGCAAGUUUAAUUGUGACUACUGAAAUGACAGGAAUUCUGCAGUAGGAAACUGAGAUUUUUCCAUAGUUUUGUGACUAUAAACUUUUUUAUACUGUUAUGUGAAGGAUGGAAGGUGGGUGAAAGAACCAAAAACAGAAACACAGUCUUCCUGAAUGAAUGGCAAUCAGAAUUCGGCUGCCCAAAGUAGUCCAACAAUUAAAUCGAUUUCUAGGAAAAGCUACCUUAAGAAGGCUGGUGUACCAUCUGGGUUUACAAAGCGCUUUCACAAUCUUACAUGUUGCAUUAUACAUUCAUGCAUUUCUAGGUGAGAGAAUCUUCUAGAUUUGAUGCUUAUAACUAUUCUGUUGUGAUUAUGAGAACAUUUCUAUCUCUAGAAGUCAUAUGUCUGUAUUGAUCUUUACGCCAUAUUACUAUCUGUGGUUACAGCGGAGAUAGCGACAUUAUUACUGGAGUCAAGCCCUUAUGAGUCAAAAACAUCUAUGUGUAGUAAAACAUUCCUCGAAUAUAUUUUCAUGCAAAUUCACAUUUCUUUCCCCAAAUAUCAUGUAGCACAUGAACAUGUAGGGAAAAAGUUCUUAUGCAUCAUUUGCUUUGUUUUAUAACCAAUUCAUAAAAUGUACUAUGAAAAAAAUGAUAUGCUAUGCGAUACUGGCAAGAGUGCACAUAUUUUAUAACCAGAUCAGUAGCACUGGUCUUAAUUUGAUGUUUUUCAAUUUUUUUAUUGAGAUGUUUUGAAGCGAUAUGUACAUUUUGGUUUUAUCUAUCUGUAUAAAUGUUAGCAAUAUCUUGGACAUAUUUGAAAUAUAAAAUUUUUUUUCUACAAAAGAAAAAUGUUGAAAAAUAAACAUAUAUAUAUGGCAAUCACCUUUACUUUGUGUGAUUCUGUCUCUUAGAAAAAUAGAUAAUAUAAUCAAUUUCUUUGGUCAUGCCUAUAUAAAUUUAGGUAUACCCAAGACUAGCUUAAAGAAUCAAACUCGUUUUUCUUUAAUAACCUGUCACAAUCUUUCUU